GGCAUCCAGCUGUUUUCUUAUUUUUUAUUUUAUUUAUUAUGAGUAGCUUAAUAGAUUUUUAUAUAUUCACAUUUCUGCAGGUCAAAAUGUUGUCUAAUGGCACUUCCUUCAAAAUGAUUUGAAAAACUUGAUAAAAAAAAAAUGAUGAUUGUUAAGCAGUUCAUUAUUUUAUUAUUUAAACAUCAUCCAGCACAAGUUUGAAUUAUGUGAGAGAAAGGAUGGUAAUGAUUUAAUUUUUAAUUUUCUUGUUGAAAUCCCCACUUCACUCUUUGUGGUCUUUUAGUCUUUUGUAGGAGACGAGUCAGAGAUCAGUUAGCCCACACACUGAGCUGUGUGAUGCCUGGAGAGCGCAUCACAGGUCGACAAAACCCCUCUGCAAGACGCAGAGCCAGAGUAGAGCAGCUCUGGCACGGGAGCCUGGUCAGCUUAUAGAAAAGGGGGGAAAUCGCUUCAAAGGAUUUCCUAAAAGACUUCUUAUCAUGCUGGAAUCAUUCUGAUUAUCCUUCCAGGAUUGUGUACAGAGAGGAUGUAGUGGAGAGAAAGAGGGGGACUCCAGCGGUGGAGAGAGAUCUGGGGAUGCUUGGACACGGUUUUGGGUGAUUGAUGCCACCCUGCAGCGGUACAACAACACUGGAUAUGCACAGAAAAAGUGGGGGAAAGUGAGUUUCGGGGCGCACAGGAUGGACACUGCGGAGGUAAUCCUCUCUGUGUUGGUGGUUGUCAUUAUUAUAGUGUCGUUGCUGUCCAAUGUCCUGGUGCUGAUCUGCUUUUUGUACAACCCGGAGAUCCGUAAGCAGGUCCCAGGUCUGUUCAACCUCAACCUCACCUUCUGUAACUUGUUGCUCACCGUGUCCAACAUGCCGCUCACUUUGGUGGGACUUGUCAGUCAUGCUCAGCCUGGAGGAGACGGCUUCUGCCAGACCGUGGGCUUCCUGGAGACCUUCCUGUCCACGAACUCGAUGCUGAGCAUGGCCGCUCUGAGCAUCGACAGGUGGAUCGCGGUGGUCUUCCCCCUGAGGUACCACUCCAAAAUGCGCCAUAAAGACGCAGCGUUUGUGCUUGGAUACACGUGGGUGCACUCGGUGUCCUUUUCCACGGUGGCCGCGUGCCUCUCCUGGGUGGGAUACCACCGGCUUUACGCGUCCUGCACCCUGGCCAACCCCAGAGCGAACAGCCGGACCCAGUUUGUUAUCUUCACCGUGUUUUUCCACUCCUUCACCUUCCUCCUGUCUUUUAUAGUGCUGUGUUUCACUUACCUCAAAGUGCUGAAAGUGGCGAGGUUUCACUGUAAGAGGAUAGACGUGAUAACGAUGCAAACUUUGGUGCUGCUGGUGGAUAUACACCCCAGCGUUCGACAGCGUUGCCUGGAGGAGCAGAAGAGGCGACGACAGAGAGCCACGAAGAAGAUCAGCACCUUCAUCGGCACCUUCAUGCUCUGCUUUGCUCCCUAUGUGAUCACAAGGAUCGUGGAGUUAUUUCCAGCGGUGCCUAUCAACCCCCACUGGGGAAUUGUCUCCAAGUGCUUAACUUACAGCAAAGCAGCCUGCGACCCCUUCGUGUACUCUCUGCUCCGACACCAGUAUAAGAAGACGUGCACUGACAUCAUCAACAGGCUGCUGAAGCGAAGCUCCUUGAACGCAUCCGGGCGCAGACCAGAGAACCAAGGCAACAGCAUACCCACAGCAAACUGACAGGAAGCAGGGGACGGUGGGAUACAGUCUGAGGGUCGACCUGGGAACAGUCAGUGAAAUAUGAAGCUGAUUUAUCGUACAUGAAGAAGAGAGCAAAUAUUGGUUGCUCCACGUCUGCUUGUAUUUUGUCUGACAUGCCCAAAAACCAAAAGUCACUACAGACAAGGGCAAACUAUGCGCGGUACCACUGUGCUUGCAUACUGAGCACCCAGAACUGCGGAUCAGUACAGUGAACCUAUUGUGAGGACAAUAAGCAAUGGCAGGUUUCACUUCCACCUGGAGAGACUAAUGUGCUCAACCAAGGAGAACGGCCAGUUCCAAGAAUCAUUAUUUGAACUACAGUAGCUUUCAUUUUAAUUUAAGAUAAAUUGCUCUUGCAGAAUAUCUGUUUGUUCUGACAUUACUGUAGUUUUUGUUCACAUUAUCUUUAAAAAACAAAAAAAGGAUAAGAAAAUGGAUGGAUGUCUUUUUUAGAGUGUGUAAAUGACAAGUUGGUACAGUAUGUAGCACUGAAAACUAGCCUAACCAAAACUUGAUAAAAAAAAAAAACAGACUUGAUGGGAUGAAACAUUCCUCAGAUCAAACAUACUUUGGGUUGUAGUAGAUUUUAUGGAGUGUAAAGGUCAAUGAAGGAAACGAAGAGAUAAGGAGGCU